CCCCCUAACCUUAAAUGUCAUUAUGAGGAAGUGACAUCAUCCUAAUGACAGGAAGUAGAUGCAGCGUCUCUCGACUAAAGAACUAUUUUAGAAACAGUUGUGAGCAUCAGAACGAGAGAGAGAAGAAGCAGAGACACAGAGAAGCACGAUGGAAGAGUUCAAAUGGAUCAAAAUGUCUUUAUUUCUGAUACCGCUGCUUCACUCUACAGCAGCAGCAGACAGACAGUUUCUGCUCUCCUCCACUGUCAGAGAUGGAGGUGAAGUCACGUUGUCAUGUGAAAAUGUGAGAGAUGAUCAGAAUAAGUGUGACGGUACGACAUGGAACUUCAGUAAAUUAAGAAGCACAGUAGAGCUGGUUACUCUUGGUCAGAUUGGUAAAGAAGCCGAAGUUAAACCAGACAGACUGAGUGUUACAGAGAACUGUUCUCUGGUUAUAAAGAAGGUCACAGAGGAGGAUGCUGGUCGUUACUUCUGUCAGCAGUUCAACAAAGCAGGACAACAACAAGGUCCAGACUCUGAGGUUUCUCUCUAUGUUGUUACCAUGACUGAAGAGAAGAAAGAUGAUGAGAUGACGUUACACUGCUCUGUGUCAACACAUGAUCGUUGUAGACACACAGUGAAGUGGCUGUAUGAGGGUACAGACGGGGUUAAACAUCACCCACACAUUAAGACAGUACAGAGGGGCUGCUACGCUGCUGUGAAAUGGGUAGACCAUGUGAAUUCUGUGGACCCUGUUAGUCCUGUGGACCCUGUUGGUUCUGUGGACCCUGUGAAUUCUGUGGAUCAUGUUAGUCCUGUGGAUCAUGUUGGUUCUGUGGAUCAUGUUGGUUCUGUGGAUCAUGUUGGUUCUGUGGAUCAUGUUGGUUCUGUGGAACCUGGUUUAAUUUACAAACCAGGGACUGACUUAUUGAAGUGUGAAGUGACAGAUGAUGAAACUAAAGAAGUGCAGCUGUUUCCCUUCAUCCCUCCUCGUUCCCCAGGAGAGAAACCAGCUGCCGAUGCAACGACGAUGACGACGACGACGACUACACUAUCACCAACAUCAGGGCCAAUGAGCACAUCAGAAGCAACAACUGAGACAACAAGAACUUCUGGAAGAAUCAGAGAAUCAGUAACAACCAAGACAGGAAUCAGAGAUCCUUCAAACAACCUACAAGGGUGGAUGUGGUGGCUGAUCUUUGUGCCUGUGGCUGUUGCAGCUCUCAUAAUCCUCACUGUGGUUGUCCUCAGAUGUAAGAGAGCUGAAGGGAAGAAAACACAGACGGAUGAAAACACGGCUGAUCCUGAAGGUGGUGUUUCCUACGCCUCCAUCAGGUACACCAAGAAGACCAACAGGAGAGCCCAGGCUGGAGGUGGAGAUGAUGAUGAUGAAGAUGAUGCAGUGACCUACAGCACCGUGAAAGCUUCCUCUUCCUCUGCUGCUGCUGCAGCCUCAGCUGAUCUCAGCGCCACCGUCAACAAACCCAACCAAUAAGAAAGCACGGUGUAGUUACAGCUCGUAGCUUUACACUUAUUUUCCGUUACUUGAUAAGGGAGAAAGAGAGGAUGAACAACUGAAGUGGUUAAAAGAUGUGUGCUCAUUGUUCUAUAAUUUUGGCCGAAGAUUUUCUCAAUAAGAACAAUGGGCUAUUGUUUUAUGGACUAAACUUAAACAGCUGUUUGUGUUUGGUGUCGAUCAUUUAUCUAAAAGGGUUAUUUUCCCAGUUGAGAUCCCUGUAUUUUUUCGUUUACUGUUUAACUGGACGGUUGGUCAGUCUGGAAGAAGACAAGCAGGUUUGUUCAAUGUGCUAACUGACUGAUUAUUAUAGAUUUUAACAAUAAUUGACCAUUUUCAUUGCUCUUUUUAAUGCUAACUGGGCAGAACUUUGUUAAGUAUGUGAAAAACCGAUUUUGUUCUGUUUUGAUUUUGUAAAUAAGGAUGAUGCAACCAUAUUGAGCUGGCUAUUUGCAUAUGGGGAUUUUAUAAGUAGAUUUUUUAAGCAGUGUAAUGAUAAUCUUUAGGAAUGUAGCAGUUUUUGUCAGUGUACAGUUCAUAUUCAAUGCAAUUCAAUUGUAUUUAUUGUGUCAAAUUACAACAGGCGUUAGCUCAGGAGACUUCACAGAUGUCUAGACCACAUUCUAUAAUUCAUAUAAAAAAGACCCAACAAUUCCCCCAAAGAAUAACUUCCAUUUACAGGCAGAAAUAUGAUUUAUAUUUAUAUUUAAAGACAGAAAUAUGAUUCAUAAUAACCACAGCAGGUUGGUAUGAUUCCCCACCGCACUUGUGGUAACGUAUGAAAUGUUUUUUUUUUCAAAUAUUUUUUAAAGCUAUAUAAGCAUAUAGAAGCAUUUUUGCUUGUUUUUUUUACUGUUUCUUUUCGUAAAAGUAUAAAGAUGUAGGCUGUGUUGUAUAAAAGCAGUGUCUUGUCAUCCUUUGUGGCACAGACCACAUGUUUGGCAUGACAAAAAGAAAAAAUGAAAUA